UAUCGUCUAUUUCCUCUAACAUGAAGCUCUUGUGAGCUAUUUCCCACAAAUGGGAAUCAACCAGGCAGACAACGAUGUGAUUGCUUUAGUUGAAAGGAGUCUUGGAAUCGACUCGUCGCAUUUGAAGCCAUGUGUUUCAGAGAGAGGAAACGCAAUUUCUUGUUUGGUACACGAGUCUUGGCUGAAAGAAAUAAUCAAUGGUAACCUUAGCUGCACRAAGUAUAUCCAUCCAUCAUCAGAGUAUGAACGGCAGUUGAUGUUACAACCGUCUCAUUCUGGACCAUAUCCACCUUGGGUUAGAAUAUGCAUCAAGAUUUUGAGAAAACCUAUCUUAGUUGGGAAUUCAGAAAGGUCAAUUAGUUUAAAAACUAGACAUCAGGGUCCAAACGGYCCAAAGUUUUCAAUGGAUUUGACUGUGGCUGAGUUAAUGGAGACCAUUAGCAAGGACAUGUACAGGCACAACUGGAACAGAGCUCUUCAAAACUAUUCUCUAGCRAUGUCCUACCUUCCUAAAUCACAGCAAAAACAAGUUGAUGGCAAGGUAUGUGAUUGUAUAACUUACUGAAUCAGGAAGUUUAAGGUUGUGGGUUCAAUCCGCCUGCAGCACAGCCUGGGUGAUGAA